ACCUCCAUGAACGGUCAGAAGUCAAGAAAUCGUCCACUACUAGCAAGAGCGUUCGGUAUCAAGCAGACAAAUACAAUUGACAGCGCCCAAAUUCAACUACUUACAAAUCAAAGUAGCGCGAAGCAGCAUUGUUUCCUUGCUAUACCAGUAAAAAGCACUGUUGAUGUCGACCUCAUAAAGCCACUUACAAAAUUUUUCGAAGCUUCAAGUACAAACUUAAGCGUCAAGAUUGCAGACCUCAAAACUGCUAUUGAAGCUUUCAAUAGAUUGCGAUCAUUUGCUUGUACAAAAUCAUCACAUGAUCUUCAGCUGCAUUUAUCAUCCGUUGCGGAAUACUAUGAUCAACUCACUGCAUUUGAAUGUAAGUUAAUUACUUCAUUAUCUCCACGUCUAGAAGGAUUCAGAUGGAAAGAUGCAUUUGAUAGCGGAAAGUCAUUCCUUGCAAAGUCUCAUACCAUGGAAGUUGAUAUUACCGUAGAAAGAUUAGCAAUUUUAUUCAAUUACGGUGCUCUUCUUUCGCAAAUUGCUUCUUCACAACAGAUGCACACUGAUGAGGAAAAAAGAAUGUCGGCAAAAUUGUUCCAGCAGAGUGCAGGAGUUUUUGCACAUCUGAAAGAUGUUAUGCAACAUACUCUCGUAAAACAAUGCACUCCCGAUCUUCGUGCAGAGAUUCUAUCGCUGUUUUGUAACCUAAUGCUGGCACAAGCUCAAGAAUGUGUCUACACCAAAGCGUACGAUGAUAAAAUGAACCCUGCCGCGCUAGCCAAGAUCUCUGCUCAAACAGCUGAAUAUUAUACGGAUUUGAAUAAAAUCAUGAAUUUGGAGGCGACGAAGAGUUACUGGAAAAAGGAUUGGAUAAACGUAAUUGCUGGAAAAUCCUACGGUUUCCAAGCUAUUGCUCAGAUGCAUCAGGCUCAGGUGAAUUUAGAGAAUCAAGAAAUUGCGGAACGUAUGACACGACUUAAAUUUGCCUCUGAACAAUUGCUAGCAGCAAAGCGUUACCUAGCCGAAGGCUGCCUUCGUGAAAUUUUCUUAGAAAUUGAAAUUGAAUAUUCAACUGCAAUGAAAGAGAACAAUCUCAUCUACCAAGCCCAAAUUGGUGACUUUCAUGCUUUGCCUAAUGUGCCAAAAGCAACUUUAGUCAAGGCAAUACCUCUGAGCAGUCCACUUAAUCCGGCAUUUAAAGAUGUGUUUUCAAGCGUAAUUCCUACCAAUGUUCUCAAUAUUACUCAAAACUAUGAUAGAAUGAAAAAUGAGCAGUUGAGGAUGGAAGCAGAUAGAUUAAAUGAGCAUACCGAGUUGAUGGAGGGAAUCGUCGCUUCGCUUGGCAUUUCUGAAGAGAUGUCACCAGUGCCAGAAACAGUAAGACGACAAUCAGCUGAGAUUAGGGCAGCAGGAGGACUAAAAGAACUGCAAGCAAGACUUAAUGAAGUAUCAAAUCUACGAGCCAGAAUAAAGGAGAUUCUCGCCGAUAUUGAGAAAACUCUCGACAAAGAAAAACGAAGUGAUGAAGAACUUCGUCAGAAGCUGGGAAUAAAUUGCCACCGAUUAGCCAGUAAUGGACUUACUGAGCCGUUCCUAAAGGAGUUGGCGAAGACACGCACUGCAUUGACCUCCACUUUGGAGGAAGAUAAGCUAUCGAAGAAGAAGUUUGGCGAAAAUUGGCAAUCUAUUGAGACCCUCAGCAAGCCCGAGAAAGAGCUAUAUCCGCUUUUUCCACCUCGACCAAAUCGAUUAGGAGAUAAAACGCCAGAGGCAAUGAGUUUUCUAUUGAAGUUACUAGAUAAAGCUCAAGAGAUAAAAUGUGAAAGGGUUGAGCUUCUGAAGGAAAUCAAUGCUAAGCGCACUUCUACGUCUGCGGACGACAUGGUACCAGUAGUCAGUCAGUUCAAGCUUUGUAGCGAUGAUAACAUCAUAAAAGAGAAAGUGAAAGAGGUUUGCGAGCCAAUCAAAGAAGAAGUGGACAAAAGUCUCAAAAAGCAGACUAUGCUCAUGAAUGAUGUAGAGAAGUGGACUACAAGAUUUCCUGCCCAUACAAGUUCGAAAAGCCCCAUAGGUAAGACUCACAUAGAAAAAUCCUUGGCAUAUGGUUAUGAAGUGUUCCGCGAACUCAACAGUAAGCUCCCGAAAAGGAUCAAGCACUGCCACAAUCUACUUGACAGCCUCCUUCGGCUACAAGAAAAAGUCAAUGAUUUUUAUUUUGCACGAGAAACUGAAAAAGAUGAACUGCUGCGGACGUAUCAGCAGAAUGUUAAUUCAGCUUCAAUCUCGGAAAGCACUUCUUUUACUCCGAAUGUUCUUUCAACAGCUCAAGUUUCAUUUGUACCGCUAACUUUACCUCCAUACAACACAGAAGGAUAUAUUAACGCCCCACAACCGAAUCUGCUGCCUGCACCUCUUCCCACGCCUUUAUACUCGACACAGUCCGCAACACCACCACCCGCACAAGCUUUCUACCAACAGCCCAACUACGGUACACAACAAAUUCAAAUGCCACAGUAUGGCUCUCCUCCACCACCAUAUCAAGUACCGUAUCCGAAUUAUACAGUAGGGCAGACACCAUGGCAUAGCAUGGGCCAGCACCCUUGA